UUUUGAGAAUAUGUUAAAAGCUAUCACAGUACUCGCUGUAGUCCUGGCCCUGGCCAGCGCCGAGCUGCACCAUGUGCCGAUCUACAAGCACGAGAACUUUGUCAAGACACGUGAGAAUGUCAAGGCCGAGGUAUCCUAUCUGCGCGGCAAGUACAAUCUGCCAAGCGCACGUAGCGCCAACGAGGAGGAGCUGUCCAACUCGAUCAAUAUGGCCUACUAUGGCGCCAUCACGAUUGGCACGCCUCCGCAGAGCUUUAAGGUGCUGUUCGAUUCGGGCUCCUCGAACCUGUGGGUGCCGUCGAGCACAUGCUGGUUCUUUGAUGUGGCCUGCAUGAACCACAACCAGUACGACCAUGACAAAUCCUCGACAUAUAAAUCGAAUGGCGAGAGCUUCUCGAUUCAGUACGGUUCCGGCAGUCUGUCCGGGUUCCUUUCCACCGACACCGUCGAUGUCAAUGGGCUGGUGAUCAAGAGCCAGACCUUUGCCGAGGCCACCUCUGAGCCGGGCACCAGCUUCAACAAUGCCAAGUUCGAUGGCAUCCUGGGCAUGGCCUAUCAAUCCCUUGCCGUGGACAACGUUGUCCCACCCUUCUACAACAUGGUCUCUCAGGGCCUGGUCGAUCAGUCUGUGUUCUCCUUCUAUCUGGCACGCGACGGCACCUCCAGCCAGGGCGGUGAACUGAUCUUUGGCGGCUCCGACUCCUCUCUGUACAGCGGCGACCUCACCUAUGUGCCCAUCUCCGAGCAGGGCUACUGGCAGUUCACCAUGGCUGGCGCCAGCAUUGACGGCCAGAGCUUGUGCGACAAUUGCCAGGCUAUUGCCGAUACUGGCACCUCCCUACUGGUUGUGUCCGAAGCUGCCUACGACAUCCUGAACAACGUGCUCAACGUUGACGAGAAUGGUUUGGUGGACUGCUCCACUGUUGAUAAGUUGCCGGUGCUCAAUCUGAAUAUUGGUGGCGGCAAGUUCACCCUGGAGCCCGCUCAAUACAUCAUCCAGUCCGAUGGCGAGUGCCAGUCCAGCUUCGAGUAUAUGGGCACCGAUUUCUGGAUCUUGGGCGAUGUCUUCAUUGGAAAAUACUACACCGAGUUCGAUUUGGGCAACAAUCGCAUUGGCUUUGCGCCCGUUGCCUAAGAAUUCAAAUAAACGAAUCGAAUUAAUGCAAA